CUAUAGAAAACCUGAAAUGGUUAACUGUUUAAUCAGUCAGUUGUCACUGGUGCUGUAAACAUCUGUUUACCUGUGACAGUAUUUCUUUUAGUUAUCAGAAUAAUUAAGUGAUAAUAAUCUUACGGCGUGGUAUAACUACUAUUAGGGGUUACAUAACCAUUGAUAUAAAUAAAUAGGUUUAUUCGCUGAGAUCUGUUAAAACAAAUUCUAGUCGCUUUGGCAAAUAAUUGUUGCUGUCGCAAUCUUCAGUUUACUACAAUUCCCAUGUUACAGCGCGGCUCGUUGGUGUGACAGCAGCAGGGACUUCCGGUUCUUUACAGUCUGACAAAGGUUCCUAUCUUAUGUCAGCCUGUUUUGGUUUGAAAUGUUACUUAACUACUCUUCAUAGCUGCAGACACUUUGUAUAGCUGCUGUCUACAGUAACUUUACAGCACUGGUGGUCGUUAAUAAGUGUUGUGUUGCUGUAGAUGAGACUACCAUGGCGGGUCGUCACCCCUCACACAGCCCCCGUAAGAACAGCCUCAUCAGUCCCUGCAGGUAAGCUGAACUUCGUACCCGCCUGCAGCACCGCUGACGCCCAUUCACUGGAGCUGCUGCAGGACUUUGUGAACCGGGCCAGGCGCCUGUUUAUCAUUAGCGGAGCGGGUCUCUCCACCGAGUCAGGCAUCCCCGACUACCGCUCGGAGGGUGUCGGGUUGUACGCCCGCACUGACAGGCGACCCAUGCAACACGCAGAGUUUGUCCGCAGUGCAAAGUCCCGCCAGCGAUAUUGGGCCAGAAACUUUGUCGGGUGGCCGCAGUUUUCCUCACACCAGCCCAACUCCGCACACAGGGUGCUGCAGCGCUGGGAGGACAGAGGGAAGCUGCACUGGCUGGUCACACAGAAUGUGGACGCUCUUCACUCGAAAGCAGGACAGAAGAGGCUGACCGAGCUCCACGGCUGCGCCCACAGGGUGGUGUGCCUGGGCUGUGGUGCCAUCACACAGAGGAAUGAUCUGCAAAAACGAUUUGUAUCAUUAAACCCAGAGUGGACAGCUCAGGCUGGUGCUGUGGCUCCAGAUGGUGAUGUCUUCUUAGAGGACGGGCAGGUUCAAAACUUCAGGGUCCCCUCCUGUGCGGACUGCGGGGGGAUACUAAAACCAGAGGUCACAUUUUUUGGAGACACUGUCAACAAAGCACUUGUACAUUUCGUGCACGAUAGACUGGCUGAGUCUGAUGCAGUGCUGGUCGUAGGCUCAUCAUUACAGGUGUAUUCAGGAUACAGGUUUUUACUUGCAGCAGGUGACAGGAAGAUGCCAGUCGCCAUUCUGAACAUUGGGCCCACCAGGGCAGACCACCUGGCUGAGCUGAAAGUAAGCAGCCGCUGUGGUGAGGUGCUGACAGCGAUUCAGAUCCUCUGAUGCUGUGGACAAUGUUUACAUCAUCUGCACUUUGCUGGCCAAAACUACCUCAGAUUUAGACAACCUGAGGUAUAUCAAGCAUGAGGUGAUAUGAAAGAGACCACAGUCUGCUGCACUCGAAGAAUACUUGCAAAGACUGAUACAACACUUGCAUAUUAUAUGAAAAAUGGAUGAAUGUUGAUGAGAAUUAUGCUAAAAUGUUCAUGUUUAACAACUUCAUUGGCAGACAAACUUCAGAAGAAAAAACUUAAAGACUGAAGAUCUGUUUAUGUUUGAAUUUAUAAAGGUCUUGAAUGUAAAAAGUGAAGAUGGAACAAGGUUUGUGUGACUUGGCUGUGUUCACGGUUGUAUACUGAUGCUGCUUUUAAGCUACGAACGACAGUGUUGUGAAACACUUAAACUACAAAUGUUUUGCAGAAGAGCAGGUUACUGUUACACAAAUAAUGUUUAGAAUUAUCUGUGUGACACAUUUUAAAGCUAACUAAAGAGGAAUUUUAUCACAUAAUGGGGAAAAAAAUGCAAUAGAUUUUAGUAAGUCUUCAGUACUUUGUGAUGGACAUUUGUUCAAAUUACUGUGGUUGGGUUUUUGAUUUGGUUUUCUCCCAAAAAUGGGAUUUGUGUUGUCAUGGACUUGUUAUUCUCAUGCUGGUAUAUCAAAUGGUUCAAUUGUUCAGCCUGGAUAUUAAGAUUUUUGGAAAAUAUGCACAUCAGAUUUGUUUUU